AUGCUCAGUUCUCACUUCGUGCUUGGUGCUUUAUUGCUUGCCUCCGGUAGUGUAGUUGCUCAGACUGGGCUCGCUCCGAAGAAGUACAUAACUCUUCCUCUGGGUGCUAUCUUGCCUUCAGGGUGGUUGCGUGACCAGCUCAUCCUCCAGAACAACGGUUUGGCCGGUCACGAACAUGAGUUUUACAACUAUGUUUCCAACACCGAUUGGACUGGCGGUACCUCCGCAUAUUCGAGCUUGGAGGAAGCUGGUAGUUAUUGGUUUAACGCUAUGGUACCCAGCGGUAUCCUGGUGAACAAUCAAGCCCUCAACUCAAAGACACAAGCAUUCCUGGACUACGUUCUUUCGCAUCAAGAAUCGGAUGGAUGGCUGGGACCCGAAGCGAACACUAACAAGGCCAAGUAUCUUUGGGGAAGAUACCCAUUCUUCUUCGGGGCAAUUCAACUCACCGAAGUCAACCCAACCUUGACGGAUCGCGUCGUCACCGCCAUGCACAAAUUCGUUCAAUUGGCGAAUACGAUGUUGAAGAACGGUCAAGGUUUGGGCGAUGGCGGAUGGGCGCAAACGAGAUGGGAAGAUUUUGUGAUUGCGUUGCAAUGGUUAUAUGAUUACCAUCCGAAUGGUAACGAGGCUCUGCUGAUUGAUACUAUGGAGAGGCUUAAAUGGACUGGUGUACCUUGGGAGAAGGUUUUCAGCCCUGACUUGUUCCCUAAGACUGCCACGGAGGGAAUUCGUAACCCGACUGGUUAUGGCCUGAGCUGGCAUGGAGUGAACAUGGCCGAAGGAUUGAAAGCGCUCCCGGCUACCUAUCGUUUCACACACAAUCAAUCAGAUUUAACUGCCGCAAGUCAGGGAUGGGACCUGCUGUUCCAGUACCAUGGAAGGCCAUCCGGUAUUUAUGCUGCUGAUGAGUAUCUGGCGGGCUUGGAAGCCAUUCGAGGAACGGAAUUGUGUUUGGUCGUUGAAACCAUGUUUUCAGGUUCAUACUUGUAUCAAGUCAUUGGCGAUCUCAAGUUUGCAGACAGGGUUGAGAGAAUCACGUAUAACGCUCUCCCGGCUACAAUCACUGGUGAUAUGUGGUCCAGACAGUACUUGCAGCAAGAGAACCAGAUCGCGUCUCAGAAUAUGAAUCCUAACCCGUUCCCGAACGAUGGAGCCUAUUCGAACGUUUUCGGACUUGAACCCAACUACCCGUGCUGCACCGUCAACUUCCCGCAAGGAUGGCCCAAGUUCGUUACCAACUCAUUCCUCGCCACACCAGACAACAGCAAUCUAGUCCAACUGUAUCUUGGACCGUUCUCGACCACGACAACCCUUGCUUCCAGUAAUAAAGUCACAGUGAACGUGGACACGAUCUACCCCUUCAGCGAUGACUUGACGGUUACGAUUAAUGCUGCAAAGGCGUACACCCACUACGUCCGCAUUCCAAGCUGGGUCGUUGGUGGAACGAUUGCGAUUAAUGGAGCUACCGCGAAAGCUGUCUCUCCUUCGAAUGGAUUGCAAGCCGUACCUGUUGCCGCAGGAACGACCAAGUUUGUGCUUCAUCUGCCUGCUCAAAUUACCACAGAAUCGCGUCCCCACGGAUCUGUCGCUGUGCAACGCGGUCCAUUACACUACGCAUACGACAUUCCCAGAACCACCACUGUCCUCAAAACAAACUCUCAACAACCACUCGCGAAAGAUUUACAAUUCAAAGCUGCUGGCCCCUGGCAAUACGCUAUUGAUCCCAGCACCUUCAAGUUCGUCAAUACUCCACCCACGAACGGAACUUUGCCUUCUCCUGUAUUCGAUUCUGGCAAACCGCCGUUGUCGAUUACGGUCACGGCUUGUUUGAUUAACUGGCCUACGGCUGGGGAUACGUUUGCUGCCUCGCCACCUCAAAGUCCAGCUUGCACUGGAGCGAAGACGACGAUUACGUUGAGACCGUUUGGGUCAACUAAGUUGAGGAUUGCCGAGUUCCCAGUUAUGAGUGCUUGA